AUGCUUGGUAGAGUCACUGACAAAAUUUUAACUCCUUGGUUCGGUCGUAAUUGGCACACUCCCAUCGCAAAACACAUGUGGCCCUUCAUGAUUAGUGCGUCUAUAGUUUAUGCUACUAUAUGGAAGAUAGAAAGUUCCGCACAAAACAAGCCUCCAUACGAUACUGAUCCAAGGAACCCAAGAGCCAUCGCCAAUAUGAAGCAUAAAGAAGGACACCAUUAG